AUGGACCUGCCAUCUAUGCCUAAAGAAAAUUUAGUUGAUUUGCAACAUAUCGCUGACGGAGCGACUAAACACAUCAAAGCAUUGGAAGCCCUCGGGCGUCCUACUUUACAUUGGGACGACUUAAUCGUGCAUGUUUUAAGCUCCAAAUUAGAUACACUCACAAUGCGAGAGUGGCAAUCGUCACUGACCGAUUUUUUAGCAUUAUCAGUACCGCAGAGGAUAACGGAGAUUCGCAAUCGAAAAAUUUGCGGCAAUUGCAUGCGUUCUUCGUCUCAUGCGUCCGCCAAAUGCACAUCAAAGGGUUGCAGGAUAUGUGACGCCAAGCACAACACGUUACUACAUUUGGCAAACAAUGCAAGCGGAAUACAGGAAGUCGAAUCAACUAAGGCCAAAAAGACAAAUUCCGUAAGCUCAUCGACGACGCUGGUGACGCACGCCUACAGCAACAACAUUAAAAAUCACAUCAUGCUCUCAACCGCAGUAAUUAACGCUUCCCACGCCAAUGGAUCAACAAGAACUUGCCGUGUGCUAUUGGACAAUGGGUCUCAGGCAAACUUUAUCUCAACAAAUUGUAUGAAGCUACUCGGAUUACAGCCUCGACCUCUAAAUAUUUCUAUAACGGGCAUAGAUCGAAUCACAGGUGACCUUCCGGCUUUCACUAUUAAGCGAGAAGCAUAUAACCUUCCUCGCAACAUCAAAUUAGCAGAUCCGGAGUUCGACAUUUCGUCUAGCAUUGAUAUAUUGAUUGGAGCCGAGGUAUUUUUGAAAUUAUUAUGCGUGGGACAAAUCAGGGCCUCCUCCGAACACCCGACAUUGCAAAAGACGCAAUUCGGUUGGAUACUGGCUGGUCGUUUAAAUAAUCUACCAAUGACCACGCAUAACGUACAAUCUUUUCACGCAACUUUCACUAACAAUCAACUGCAUGACCAAUUAUCAAAGUUUUGGGAUGUAGAGGACCCUCGUAUUGUUGCCGAGCACAUCAAGGCAGAAGCAUUGUGUGAGGAUCAUUUUUUGGCUAACACUUCUCAAGACUCUUAUGGUAGAUACACAGUCAAAGUUCCAGUUAACGAGUCAUUGAUCAAUCAGCUUGGAGACUCAAAGAGCAUAGCCUUGAAACGCUUGCAAAACUUGGAAAAACGCUUUUGUCGAGAGCCCGCACUAAAAGAACAAUAUGCACGGUUCAUUUCCGAGUAUUUAUCUCUAGGCCAUAUGAAGCAAGUAAACGAAUUGCCGAACGAACACGAGCAGUCUUAUUAUUUGCCACACCAUUGCGUGUUCAAAGGCUCAGAACCAUCGUCGAAGAUUCGCGUCGUUUUUUACGCUUCAUGCAAGAGCGCAUCAGGCGUGUCAUUAAACAAUGCCUUAAGCGUCGGCCCGGUUGUGCAACAAGAUUUAACGUCAAUCUUACUGCGAUUCCUCACCUACGAAACGUCCUCGGCAUCCUUCUUGGCCACAAGAUGUUUAAAGGAUUUGGCUGAGCGGCACACAUUAAAAUUCCCAGUUGGGUCGACACACUUUCUACACGAUUUCUACGUCGACGACAUACUCACUAGAGCAGACAGCAUCCAGAAGACCAAAUCGAUUUGGGAUGAAAUAAUACAAUUAUUGAAGCUGGGAUCGUUCGAGCUCAGCAAGUGGGCUUCAACUCACCCACAGUUAUUAGAUUCGCUUGAUAACCAAAGCGAUAAGCCGAUCCCUAUCGAGGAUAAAACUAUCUCUCAUAUUCUAGGGAUACAAUGGAAUCAAGACGCUGACACAUUUCAUUUUUCAUACACGCCCUAUGCAGAACACAAGGCCAAACUGGACGUACAGUGGGAUGAAUCUCCGCCGUUGCACAUACAUACUCGUUGGUCAACGAUCAAGUCGCAGCUGGUGGAAUUAAAUCAAUUAACAAUACCACGUCGAGUCAAGUUCGACGCCAAUUCACAGGCCAUCCAGAUACAUGGAUUCUGCGAUGCGAGCCAACACGCCUACGGAGCCUGCGUAUACAUUAGAACGGGAAAGAAUCUCAGCAAUUAUCGUGCGGAAUUGCUCUGUUCUAAAUCCCGCGUGGCGCCUUUGAAGGCCAUAUCGCUACCGCGUCUAGAACUUUUGGCGGCCCUGCUAUUGGCACGUCUCAUCGAGAAGAUCCAAGCGGCGAUAGAUAUGUUGGACAUCUAA